GAAAGCUUCUGGAGUCACUGAAGAACAACGGCGUCGGGGGAUCGGGCGAGGGGGGCGCAGAACCCCCCACGCCCCCCCACACCCCCCAGAGGGACGGCGCCCACUCGGCUCCCUCCGACGGGGGGGCGGGACGGCUCCAGCCCCCCCCGCAGGUCCUCGAGCCCCUCCAGCAGCAGGCGCUACAGGCGAGGAUGCUCGGCGGAGGUAACUUCUCCACGCUGCUCACCCUGGCCGCUCUUCAGGACGGGAAGGGCGUCCCAGGGCAUGGCGUCCCCCUCCCCCCCACGAUGGACACCCACAAGUCCUUGCCCACCACGCCCACCACGCCCACAUCUACAGCCGUGACGCCCGGCCUCGCGGGGCUCUCGCUGGGCUCGGGGGGGUCCGCCCCCUCGUCCCUCGUGGCAGGCGGCAUGGGCGUCCGCGAUCCCCUCAAGCCUCAGCUCGACUACUCCCGCUACGUGAAGCCCUACAGCUCGGCCCUGGAGUGCGGCACCCUCUCCUGCAGGGAACACAACCUCAGAGAACAUUUCCACUGCCUGGAGUGCGACUCGAAGGUGUUCAGCAAGAAGGAGGAGAUGAUCAGGCACUUCAAGUGGCACAAGAAGCGCGACGAGAGCCUCCAGCAUGGCUUCAUGAGGUACUCGCCCUCUGACGACUGCUCUGACCGCUUUUCCAACUGCUCACACAACCGCAAGCAGACGCAUUACCACUGCCUCAAGGAGGGAUGCGACAAAGUGUACAUCAGCACAUCGGACGUUCAGAUGCACGCGAACUACCACCGGAAGGACUCGGCCAUCAUGCAGGAGGGCUUCCAGAGAUUCCGGGCUUCAGAGGACUGCAACCAGCCCGGGUGUUCCUUCAGCGGCCAGAGGACAACACAUUUCCACUGCAUGAGGACCGGAUGCAACUACACGUUCAAGAAUAAGGCGGAUAUGGAAAAGCACAAGACGUACCACAUCAAGGACGAACAGCUAACCAAGGACGGCUUUAAGAAGUUCAUGAAACAGGAGGAGUGCCCUUACGACGGUUGCAAAUUCUCCCGCGUCGUCAACCACAUCCACUGCAUUCGGCCGGAGUGCAACUAUGUACUCCAUUCCUCCGGCCAGAUCUUCGCCCACAAGGUGCUCACCAACACUCUCCUCUUACACCUG